UACUCCCAAGGCUAUGUAUGUGAUGGUCUAUUGAUGGAUCCACAGUCUCGCUGCUGCCCUGGAAAAGGAGUGAAAUACUCUUGUCAUGGAUGCAACCUUCUCUCACAGUGUUGCAACUCCUAUGAGUUUUGUGUUUCAUGCUGCCUAAAUCCUGCACGGACACAAAAAGAACAAGCACUGAAGGUGAAGAUUGCUAAGCAAGCUACCGCAGGGACUUAUGCAAGUGUAUUUGAUUUCUGUGCUGGGAGGUGCCGUCAUAAUUCUGAGAGUGUGGUUCAUGAAAACGCUUAUCUUAGUGAAUUCCAUCACUGCUUUUCUCUGCCGUUGAAUUCUUCGGGGGCCAGUAAUUCUUACCUUGAAGGAAUACUGAAUGGAAUUAAUGUUAUUGUUGGAAGACAAAGUGAGUCAUGCAAUUCAGUUUGCAAGUCAAAUGGACAAUCAUGCGUCCCAAAUAAGCUCUUGGUGCUUAAUCAAUGUGACAUUAUGCAGAAAUAUCUGAGCUGCAAAGGAGCUUGCUUGGCAAGCAUGGGAGCCGAUCAACCUGCUGAAGUUGUUGAUGACGCCCCUAAAAAUCUGAAUCCUGGAGCAUGCUUGUUUACUCAAGCUCAAUCAAUGCUUUCUUGUGAUGGUUCACAUCCUUUUACCAGGCGACUUUGCCCCUGUGCAUAGCGCAUGUAUUCGGGAGACAUUUUGCAAAAGUAGAUAUACUUGGAGCUUUAAAUUUGGCUUUAAGCAUACCUUUUUUUGGCAGUAUAUAAAGUAUCAUGUAACUUGAAUUUUUUUAUAGAAUAUAGAACAUUAAUGAUGAUGAUGAUGAUGAUGGUAGUGGUGGUUAUUAUUAUUGUUAUUGGUUGACACUUAAUAGUAAGAAUCAAAACCACCCAGGAUGCUGGGGGAAGGAAAAUUCCUUGUU